UGGGAGGAAUAGUUGACAGCGCACCGUCGGAGCCUUUACGCAACACAGCUACAAUGUAAUGGACUUUUAAUUCCAAAACGAAUUUAAAAGAGUUGACAAGCCGGUGCAACAAGAACAUAUUACAUUAAACUAACCGCUGACCUGAUAAAUAUUGUUCCUGCAAAGCUUAUGUCCUGCAAAGCUUAUGGACAUCAACAAUCUUGCGCGAGCCUAGUAGCUAGCCUCCUGUAAAGCUAGCUAUCUAGUCAGUUAGCUUGUUAGCUAACAACACUCCCCGUCUAUUUUUAGUGCAAUUAAGCAGCUAUUUCCAGACAAAGGCGUCACCCUCUUAUGACCUGUAAAGUCAUUAUUGUCUCCCAUGAUCUCGUUAAGUUAGCUAAUCAUUUGUACAAAAUGUCAACGACAUCGUUGGAUAAGGAAUUGCAGGAGCGCUUAAGAGAGGCGUCUGCGAUUGGAGACAUCGAUGAGGUGCGGAUUUUAGUGGAAAGCGGAGUAAAUGUCAACUCUCAAAACGAAAUAAACGGAUGGACAUGUUUGCAUUGGGCAUGCAAGAGAAACCACAAACAGGUUGUGUCGUACCUGCUGAACUCUGGAGCUGACCAAGAGAUCCUCACAGCUAAAGAUGAGCUGGCUGUCCAGCUGACCUCUAAGCCUGAAAUCAGAAGACUGUUAGGAGUUGAGGAGGAGGAAGUGCCUGAAAUCAAGGAGCCUGAGUUGCCAAUCAUCCCAAACUACCUGUCCAACCCGCCAUUCAUGUAUAGUAAGAUGGACAACAAGGCUGAGCUGAUAUUGGCACAGUUGACCCAAAAUGGCAAUGGAGACCACUCAUCAGAGGACCCACACAGCGACCCAGCUUCCCUGUCGCCCACCCACGAGCAACAGCUGCCUCAGCAACCGCAGAGCCUACUCUCUGACACCCCGAGCCCGAGGGAGGGGGCCUUCAUUCCAAUGGCAGAGCAGAACGGAGUGUCGCCGAGCCCUGCCUCGUCUCUCACCGUCAACGGAGGCCUGCCUAUGGACCUCUCCAUGGAGCCCCACCUGGUCAACCAUGGGGAGUACCCACACUCGGUGGCCCAUAAUGGGCCUGUGUGCUCUCCUCCCCUGCCCUCCCCCAGCCCCAGCACCACCAGCAGUAGCAGCCAGGCCCAGGUGGCUAACGCUAACCCAUCCAUGACCCGGCAGCAGUCCAUCCCUCAGCAGCUCAACUGUGGCCAGGGGGCUGGGGGUAACAUGCCUGCCUUCCAGCCUUUCUUCUUUACCAGUACCUUCCCUGUCAACGUGCAAGAACUGGUCCUAAAGGUGCGCAUCCAGAACCCCAAUGCGCGGGAGAACGACUUCAUCGAGGUAGAGCUGGACAGACAGGAGCUGACCUACCGCUCGCUGCUCCGGGUGUGCUGCCGCGAGCUGGACAUAAGCGCCGAACACGUGGAGAAGAUCCGCAAGCUGCCCAACACCAUGCUCAGAAAGGACAAAGACGUGGCUCGGCUGCAGGACUUCCAGGAGUUAGAGGUGGUGCUGGAGAAGGCUGAGGGCCUGGCACUCCUCUCUGGGGCGGGAGGCCUCACCGACAGACCCUGCUACAACAUGAAGGCCUCCAGACUCACCUACUAGAGAUCAACAGGACUAACAGACACACAGACAGACGCUGAUGUCCAUGUGGACCCUACUAGCUCUCUAUUGGCCGUAAUAGCUACUAUCGUUUAGUCAAUUUCAUUGCAGUAUGAUUCGGUGUCGUUCAGCCAGCGUUAUUGAGGUUUGUUUCAAAAUCCCGUUGUGUUAGCUAGGUAAUGUGGUCGUCCUCCUCGCCAUGCCUCUCUUUGCCUUGCUCCCUGCCAGUCUGUGUCCCCAUGCAGCACUCGCUAACCGAUUACUCAUGCAUCAUGUCCUCAGUUAUAUACUGAAGAAUUUGGGCCUCCUUCCCUCGCUCUCCCCUCCUCUCUUCCCCCUGUCCCACUCUCUCUCAUCCCUCUCUAGUUUGUUGUGUCGGGCUACAGUGGAACAUUGGCGUUGAGGGACAGUGACAGUCUUCCAAGAUGGCUUAACUUAUGUACUGUACAUGGAUCCCUUUGUACUGGGCAUUAGUCAUAUAUGUACUGUGGACUUGGCUCAUGGAUGAUGAGGGGGUUGAUAAGAGUAGAGGCCAUUUGAACAGCUCUUCUGAUAUAGGCCUACUGCUCUUAUCAGUCCAACAUGGGCAGCUUGGUACAAUGUUGCGACACAGCUGACUUGCACACAGCAACAUGCAGUACUGCCGCUUGCUUUGGUGGACAUAACAGGUGGCUGCUGACGUUCCAACUGGCAUUCACACACAUUCUGCAGACUGUAUACACACACACACACUCAGUCAUACUCAGUCAUACUCCCACACUUCAGUGAUAUUUCCAAAUGGUUGCCCACGUUAUCACACUACCCUGUUUAUUUGUUCUUAGGUGGAUGCCUGAUGGAGCUAUUUAUAGAGAUGUUGCUUUGUGCUACUGAGGUUCAGUAAUCUAAGAGGGAGUGGGUGUGAGUGCUGUCUCUUGCCAGUUGAGAAGUUUGUGUUAGUUUUGUUGAACUGUUUGUUGUUAUGUGCUCAGUAAGCAAACAGAUGCUUCAAGUUUCAUCCAUAUUGUUAAGACAGUGGCUCUGUUUCUUAAAGAACUGUCUUUGUUAGGUGGAAGAUAACAGCCUUCUAACAGAUGCUAUGGUUAGCUAGCUCCACAGACACCGUCUGGAUUUCAAUCAAACACCCAAUGUGGAAACAUUAUUCAUUGCUCCUGCUCUAUGAUAAACAAACAUUUUUUAUUUUUUAUUAUACAACGUUUACUUGCUGAAACGGAACAAAACUAAUUGAGAUUGACAUGUAUUUGGUGCAGGGGCAAUAUUUAUAUUUUCUACAAUUUGGUUGAAUGUUUGUGUGUGAGGGGUUAUUUUUAAUGUAACAGUUAUUGGGUAUAAUAUUCAACUGACACUUUCAACUGUGAAUGAAAUGAAUCGUAGGCAGUUCCUAUAGAGUUAAGGUAUUAUUGAUUUAAGCAGAAACCGCUAGGUGCACUUUAGGGGAAGUAUAUUCCCAGCACAAGUGGAGGUUCCCCUAAAAUGAGGAUGUUAAACCAUUUUUGGAUUGCUUCACUUAAGAUAUUUCCAUUUACUGUGAUUAGAUCAAAACCAAAUACAAACCUAGACAGAAAAAUAGUCUGGUUCUCCACAAUAGAUUUAUCAAUCAUAAAUGUCCUUCUAUUUUUGAAUUGCUGUAUAAAAUGUGUUUUUGUUUUGUUUUUCGGAACGAACUGAAUGAUGUAGCAAAGGAUAGUUUGAAAGGAUUGUUUGCGUUUCAUAAGUUUGUGACACAGCUGUUAUGUUUGAGUGCUUCCAUAACACUUUCCCCAAGCAAUUCUCCCCAAGCCGUUGGUUCUAUUGUACAGUGCAUUUGUCAUAAUACACAAAUUCAUACUGCUCUGUCAGAACGUUUAAACAUAUAACCUACAUUAACAUGUAAGCUAGCUAGGGAUCAAAUGUUCGUUCUUGAGGGGUCCCCGGGUUUAAACUACUGACAUUUUACUUUUGUCAAGUUAUGGUGUUUGCUACUUAUUUGUUUGAGUAUAAAUGAUGAUUCAUACACAAGAAUGCAAAUGUUAGUAUUGAAGCUGAAUCCGAGUACAUUGAUUGAAAAGAUUACUGCUUAAUGACAAACACAUUUGCUCAUAGAAGACUAAGACCCUAACAUGUCCUAUCAGUUCUUCAUGCUAGUUACAUUCAGUUCAACGGUACAGUCAGUGCCCCACUGCAGAAGUUUAUAAACAAUCAAGUCAGUUACUAACAAAGCUGUUAAUUGUUUACCGUUGAAAUGUAUACCUUAAGCUCUGACUGUCUUAGUAUGUUAUUGAUUCUAUAUUUUUUAUUAAUUGGUAAUUUCCUUUUUUAACGAGCAAUUUCUUUCGUUUGUAUCGAUGCCUACAAGUAUGGAAAGCGUUUAUCAAUGGGGGGGAAAGUGAAGGUAUGUUGCAGCUAGGAUGAAACCAAGUGCAAAGCCACAGUAUCUGCUGUGUUGGGAAUGAGUUUAGUGUAAAUGUUGAAGAAAUACAAUAAGAAAGACUAACUUGAACAUGUCAAAUGGACUAUCAAGAGAGAAUUUGGUGUUCCUAACUUUUUAAUGCUUUAUAAGUGAUGAUGUGCCACGAGAGUGAGAGGUACUUGGUUGAAGAAGCUGGGCGAUGGUGUUUGAAAUGCCUACGGCCAUUUUGUGCCCGGUGUUCUAGACCUACAGUCUUCUAGAAUGUUCCAGAAUUGUUACUGGUUCUGUGCGAAUGGAAGACUAAAAUUGUACUGAUUGAUUGCUCAUGUUCUAGAGGAAGAAUACAGUCUAACUUAACCUAUGCAUUCAGAGUCUGAUAUUUUUAUAUGUCCUGUGUACCUUUGAUAAAUUCCUUAUAGGCACUGUUUAACUUGUUUGAUUGUGAAGACCUGUACCUGUUCUUUGAUAAAGCAUGGUGGAUUACUUGA